GGACGGCGAGGAGAGGGAGGCGGGCCCGAGUAUUUAAACGUAAGCCGGCCACCGGCUCAUUAGCAGUAUGUCAACUAUCGCAAACAUGAGAGGAACAAAGAUUUUCGCUUUUGCGUUGCUCUUCGCUGCCGCCUUCGCCGAAGAAGGCCCCAAGGGGAAGCCUGCUGGUGAAGACCUUAAGACCGACUCAACAAACAGGUAUUACACGAGCACCUAUGAUAGAUAUCCGUACAGUGGAGGAUAUGGUGGAUACAGCGGGUAUGGAGGAUACUACGGAGGUAGUGGAUAUAGUGGUGGCGGAGGAGGCUACACCGGAAGUACUGGGUACAACGGUGGUGGAUACUACAGUAACAACUACCCCGGAGGUUAUGACAGAUGCAACAGAGGUUACGGAUACGACAGGUAUCCUUCCAGCGGGUAUGACCGGGGCUACGGGUACGACAGAGGAGUAGACAGGGGUUAUUACGACAGAGGGUACAACGGGUACGGCUACAGGCCGGACGGGUACUACAGCGGCGGGCCCACCGGCUACAGGGGAGGAUACGAUAACUACAAAGGAAGAUAUGACCCAUACUACGAUUCAUACUAUAGAGGAGACAGGUACAACAGGUACGACACGUACAACAGGGUUGGGUACGAUCGUUUCAACAGGUACAAUUAUUAUGAUUACUAUAGGAACCCCGAGACGAGGUACUAUGACAAAAGGAUCUAAAGAAGAUACAACAAGAUAAAUUUGUAAAUUAAUUUCUAAAAAAUUUAUAUACAUGAGAUUCCUAUGUCAUUUUAAUUUAAAUAUAAUUU